CAGACUGAGGGUGCAUCUUACCGGUGGGGACACGCUGAUGUGUGUUUUGCUGUAACGACGUAUUUUAUAUUAGCCUGUUAAAUAGACGAUCAUAUACAGAUGUAACGUCAGCUAACGGCAUUUAUAAAUGAAAAUUACAGCAGAGCUCAAUUAAUUAAGUCUUUCCUGUCUUCUUUGAAGAUCUAUACCUAGUCUCCCGUUAUGGGAGAGACGCGGAGGUCAAGCGGGCGGGCUGUCAACAAUGUUCGACUGAAACCUUGCUGGUGUGGCUGUUCUAAUGUUUGACAAGCUAGCGCGCUAGUUCUGCGCAACACAUCAUUGAAACAUGCCAGGGAAAUUGAAAGCCAAAAUUGUGGCUGGCCGCCACUUGCCUGUAAUGGACAGAGCCAGUGACCUGACAGAUGCUUUUGUAGAGGUCAAGUUUGGAAACACAACAUUUAAAACGGAUGUCUACCACAAAUCACUCAACCCACAAUGGAACUCAGAAUGGUUCAAAUUUGAGGUUGACGACGAAGACUUGCAGGACGAGCCCUUGCAAAUCACGGUGUUGGACCACGACACGUACAGUGCCAACGAUGCCAUAGGGAAGGUUUACAUUGACAUCGACCCUCUGCUGUGCAGCGAAGCUGCCACUGUCAUCUCUGGCUGGUUCCCCAUCUACGACACCAUACACGGUAUCCGAGGGGAGAUCAAUGUCCUGGUGAAGGUCGACCUCUUCAACGAUCUCAACCGCUUCCGACAGUCCUCCUGUGGCGUGAAGUUCUUCUGCACUACGUCCAUACCGCGCUGCUACCGGGCGGCGCUGGUCCAUGGCUUUGUGGAGGAGCUGGUCGUGAACGAGGACCCAGAGUACCAGUGGAUCGACCGCAUCCGAACCCCGCGCGCCUCCAACGAGGCCCGGCAGAGACUCAUCUCCCUCAUGUCCGGCGAGUUGCAGAGGAAGAUAGGUCUAAAGGUGUUGGAGAUGGGUGGGAACGCGGUGGUGGGUUACCUCCAGUGUUUCGACCUGGAGGGCGAGUCGGGCCUGGUGGUCCGAGCCAUUGGGACUGCCUGCACGCUGGACAAACUCAGCUCUGGGACGUCAUCCAACACUAACACACACACACACCCAAACACAGCACCGGCGUCCAACGCCUGCAACUCUCCGUCCAAAGACAGCAAAGAGGCCGUGUUCAGUGAGGACCCCCCCUCCUCCUCUGCCCCCCCCACCCCUCUCAAAGUCCUCCCCUCCUCCUCUCCUCCACCCAUCUCUCCCUCCAAGCCAUGCAGCCGCCAGUCCUCCUCCUCAGACACUGACCUCAGUCUGACGCCCAAGACUGUGAGGACUCGGCCGGGGAUAUUCCUCAGUCCCAGCUCCCCGUCCCUCUCCUCUGAGUCUCUCCCCCUGCCUCUUAUUGGGCCAAUCGCCCACGGCCUCCGGCCUGUUUCUAGGGCCUCCACUCCGCCCCCCCUCUUCACCGUCCAAUCAGACUCAGCCGUGAUGAGAAAGUGCGUGUCGUUCAAUGAGGAUCUGCUGCUGGCGGCCUCCGGAAUGGGGAGUGGGGGCAGUGCUGGGAAGGAGGCGGGGCCCCUGAAGACUCUGUUGAGGCAGCAGACGCAGACGGCUCUGGAGCAAAGGGAGUUCCCCUUCUUCACUCUGACCUGUUUCCCCCCCGGCUUCCUGAUCCACGCGGGGGGCGUGGUCAGCGCGCGCUCCGUCAAGCUGCUCGAUCGCAUCCACAACCCAGAUGAGCCAGAGACUCGUGAUGCGUGGUGGGAGGAGAUUCGCCAGGAGAUCAAGUCCCAUGCCAAAGCCCUGGGCUGCCAUGCUGUUGUGGGAUACAGCGAGAGCACCAGCAUCUGCGAGGAAGUCUGCAUUCUCUCAGCAUCGGGUACAGCCGCCAUCUUGAAUCCACGGUUCAUGCGUGAGGGCUGUCUGGACGUCGGUGGAAGCGACCACAGGUUGUCACGGCAACCCGCCCCUGUCAUGGGGGGGUCGGACAGGGUCGAGGGGGAAUUUAGCUCAGCCUGGCUGGGGUUUGAGGAUUCAUCCCCCACUAGCUGUGGCUUCUGUCAUAUCCCCUAUGAUGAAUUCAACAUGCCCUUCCCCGCCCAGCUCACCUACUGUUACCAAUGUCGACGGCAGAAGGUUCCAGACGUGCUCUUCACAACCAUCGACCUGCCAACGGAGGCUGUUGUCAACGGGAAAGGCUGCCUCAUACAGGCUAGGCUGUGCCGUCUGAAGAAGAAGGCCCAGGGGGAGGUGAACGCCACGGCCAUCUCCAACCUGCUGCCCUUCAUGGAGUACGAGCUGCACACGCAGCUCAUGAACAAACUCAAGCUGCGCUGCAUGAACGCUCUGUUCGGCCUGCGCAUCCAGAUCAGCGUGGGAGAGAACAUGCUGCUAGGCCUGGCCUCUGCCACGGGUGUGUACCUGACGGCCCUCCCCGCUCCGGGGGGGAUCCAGAUAGCGGGCAAGGCCCCCGGGGACCUGAGCUACGAGCAGCACAUCGCCACCAUCCAGAAGCGCAUCAACGACACCAUCGCCAAGAACAAGGAGCUCUACCACAUCCACCCACCGGAAGUGACAGAGGAGGUGGUGGGUUCUCCAAUCCCGGAGCCCAGACAGAGGUCCCGCCUGUUCCGCUCGCAGUCCGAGAGCUCUGACGAUCUCUCUGAACUGGACCUGUCCCACGGCAAGAAGGAUGCCUUCGUGCUGGAGAUUGACGACACUGACGCAGUGGAGGACAUCCACUCCCUCCUCACUGACGCAGCCACACCCACAGGUUUCUACAGCUGUAACACUGAGAUCAUGCCUGGGAUUCAAAACUGGACUGGCAGUCUACAGAUGUUUACGUCCGUGCGGGUCUUUAGGUUAAGCAAUGCCAAUUUGACCAACCAGGGCCUGAAUAAGACCUUUGUUGACCUGUGUGAGAACCUGCUAAAGAGUCUGUACUUCAAGCUGCGCUCCAUGGUGCCCUGCUGUCUGUGCCAUCUGAACUUCACUGUGGCUGUGCCAGAGGAGGAUCUCAUACAGGUCGCGGUGACGGCGGUAGCGAUGAGUUUUGAUAAGGACCAGACUCAGGAGAGACCAGGAUUGGCUAUCACCAAGGGGAGCGGGGAGACCGAAGAGCAGCUGCAGUUCUCCUUGGAGUUGUGCGCCGAGUCAUCAGCCAGCAACCAGCCUCCAGGCAGAACCUCAGGUGUCACGGACAGCGGCAACGCCCACCCGUCGUCCAGAGCUCCCUCCGUUGAUUACGGUUCCUUUGCAGACAGAUGCAGCACCUGGCUAGAGCUGCUUAGGCUGAAAGCUCACACCAUAAGACGAGGAUCAGUUAAGACAAUCUCGUCAUCAGAGCGCUGCAGUCCUCUACCAGAGGGGCGAUCCCGCUCGCUGCGCUCCACGCGCUCAUUCGGAGGCGGAUCGGUAACCGUGGUGAAGAUGACGCCGCUGUCUUUCAUUCCGGGGACCCGCGUCGUGAAAUACCUUGGAAUCAUCAACAUGUUCUUCAUCAGAGAGACCACAUCACUGCGGGAGGAGGGUGGCGUGAGCGGGUUCCUGCACUCGUUUAUUGCUGAAGUGUUUGCGAUGGUCCGGGCCCACGUAGCAGCACUGGGGGGCAAUGCAGUGGUCUCCUACAGCAUGAAGGAGUGCGUGUUCAUGGAGAACCCCAAUAAGAACCAGGCUCAGUGUCUCAUCAAUGUGAGCGGCGACGCCGUCAUCUUCGCCCGAGACUCCGACCUGGAGGCCACGCCCCCUUUGAUGAGCUGUGGACAGGUCUGCAGCAGUGGGACAGACGGGACCACAUGAGACGUCUCACACACACACACACACACACUCUCACUGUUCAUAUAAUGUAGACAAUGUACAAUUUACAUUGUAAGACAUACACAAUUGAGUCGGUCCAUCCAAAUAAGUGUGAUUGAUGGUUGCCUUAAACACAACUUCCAAAGAAAGAUUAGAACCACAAAUGUCCACCAUGAAAACAUCACAGAUGCGCGCACACACACACACACACACACACAGGAUAUGAGGUCAUCCAGAGUGGGGAUUUUAUGCACAGUGAAAGUGUUUUGUACUGGAGCUAAUGUUGGCGCCUUUGGAAUUCUGUUGUAUUUUAAGAGCCUACUAAUGCUUUUAAGUUGAAUCUACAAUAGCCAAACACUAUGUAACUAAAUAUACUCCUCUCUUUACCUUCCUGACCCGUCCAUAAAGGUCUCACUGAAAGUAUUAUGGAGACUUUUUGCCAUCUUGUCUGUCUGUUAACUGUAAUGUCCACCUUCAUUCCACUGGUAAGGCAUUAGGCAGCUACAAACAAUUGUUUCUCCAUCCUUAAGCCUCAAAAGUCAGCAUUCAGCUAUGGUAAAAGGGACAGCUGGGGUCAUACCAUCCAUUAACCGUAAGUUGUAGAAUGGCAUUUAGGUUUCAAAUCACCCUGAUGUAGUCAUUUUUGAAGUGGCCAGAUUUGGACCCUUGCCAGUCUGCUGAGUGUAUUGUGCUUGUCUUGCGAUGACACGAGCGACCAAGUACCUGCUCAGUUGUGUGAGAAGAACUCAAGUUAGGGCUGACUAGAAGUUUCAGGACAAACGUUUUUUGGGGGGGGGGGGGGCUGUCUGUAAAGAUGAGGACUAAUCUCUAUCCACUGUGGCGUCAUGGAGCUAACACAUUGGAAUGGGAGUCGAUGUCCGUAGAAGUUGAAUAAAUUCAA